GAACAAACACGCACACGCUCGUCUAGGAACAGACAAAAGACAAGGUCGAAGUGGGGUACUGAUAACAACAGAGUCUGUCAUUUGUCAAUUAUUCAAUUUCAUUGUCGUCGUCGUUCUCUGUUAAGGAAUGAUCAACAAUUUAUAAAUAUUCGGAAUACUGUCAAUAAUUUUUAUCGCGCUGAAAACUUGAAGAUUAAAAAUGUUAAAAAUUACCUUUUUUGUCGUUGCAAUUUUUGUGGUGGUUAGUGACUAUCAAGUCCAAGCUAAAAUGCAAUGUAAAUUACCUAAGGUUCAAAUUCCUGAUGACUGGAUAUCUAUGGUUGAUCCUUGUACAAAAAAAUUGAAAUCACAAGUCCAAGAAGAACUAAUUGCGUCAAUGACAUAUUUUGCUAUGGGAGCACAUUUUUCAAAAGACACAGUGAAUCGUCCAGGAUUUGCAAAAAUAUUUUUUGAAAGUGCUAGUGAAGAACGAGAACAUGCCAUUAAAAUUAUUGGGUAUUUAUUGAUGAGAGGUGGUCUUACGCAAGAUAUUAGCCAACUAAUUCGUGACCCUCAACCACUAGCUGAAACAUGGGCCGAUGGAUUGAGUGCAUUAAAAGAUGCUUUAAAAUUAGAAGCACACGUAACUCGUAAGAUAAGAGACAUUGCUAGUGUUUGUGAAGAACCUGGACGGGAGGGACAAGAUUUUAAUGACUAUCAUUUGGUUGAUUGGUUGACUGGAGAUUUCUUGACUGAGCAAUAUGAAGGCCAACGUGAUUUAGCUGGAAAAAUAUCAAAUCUAGGUAAAAUGAUGGAUUCUCAUGGAGCUCUUGGAGAGUUCCUCUUUGACAAAAAACUGUUGAAUGGAGAGUCAUUGUAAUUGUAAAGUAGCCUUAUUAUAGCUCUAUUUUUUUCUAUUAUAUUGUAUUUAUUUUGUAUAAUUAUUAUUACUUAUUUAAUUUAUAUAUAUAUAAAAAAAAAAAAAAAUUAUAUUACCAAUUUACAAUUUAAUCUUAU